AUGGCAACAUGUCCUCCUUGCACUUUCCUUCUUAUCCUAUCCUCUCCCCACUCUGCUGCUCACUCUGCUCCUCACUCCGCCCCUGUGUGCCUCCUCACCGUGUCUCAUCAGCUCCAUCCAGCGCAACGGGCUGCACGGCAGCAUGCCCUCCUUGCACUUUCCUUCUUAUCCUAUCCUCUCCCCACUCUGCUGCUCACUCUGCUCCUCACUCCGCCCCUGUGUGCCUCCUCACCGUGUCUCAUCAGCUCCAUCCAGUGCAACGGGCUGCACGGCAGCAUGCCCUCCUUGCACUUUCCUUCUUAUCCUAUCCUCUCCCCACUCUGCUGCUCACUCUGCUCCUCACUCCGCCCCUGUGUGCCUCCUCACCGUGUCUCAUCAGCUCCAUCCAGCGCAACGGGCUGCACGGCAGCAUGCCCUCCUUGCACUUUCCUUCUUAUCCUAUCCUCUCCCCACUCUGCUGCUCACUCUGCUCCUCACUCCGCCCCUGUGUGCCUCCUCACCGUGUCUCAUCAGCUCCAUCCAGCGCAACGGGCUGCACGGCAGCAUGCCCUCCUUGCACUUUCCUUCUUAUCCUAUCCUCUCCCCACUCUGCUGCUCACUCUGCUCCUCACUCCGCCCCUGUGUGCCUCCUCACCGUGUCUCAUCAGCUCCAUCCAGCGCAACGGGCUGCACGGCAGCAUGCCCUCCUUGCACUUUCCUUCUUAUCCUAUCCUCUCCCCACUCUGCUGCUCACUCUGCUCCUCACUCCGCCCCUGUGUGCCUCCUCACCGUGUCUCAUCAGCUCCAUCCAGCGCAACGGGCUGCACGGCAGCAUGCCCUCCUUGCACUUUCCUUCUUAUCCUAUCCUCUCCCCACUCUGCUGCUCACUCUGCUCCUCACUCCGCCCCUGUGUGCCUCCUCACCGUGUCUCAUCAGCUCCAUCCAGCGCAACGGGCUGCACGGCAGCAUGCCCUCCUUGCACUUUCCUUCUUAUCCUAUCCUCUCCCCACUCUGCUGCUCACUCUGCUCCUCACUCCGCCCCUGUGUGCCUCCUCACCGUGUCUCAUCAGCUCCAUCCAGCGCAACGGGCUGCACGGCAGCAUGCCCUCCUUGCACUUUCCUUCUUAUCCUAUCCUCUCCCCACUCUGCUGCUCACUCUGCUCCUCACUCCGCCCCUGUGUGCCUCCUCGCCGUGUCUCAUCAGCUCCAUCCAGCGCAACGGGCUGCACGGCAGCAUGCCCUCCUUGCACUUUCCUUCUUAUCCUAUCCUCUCCCCACUCUGCUGCUCACUCUGCUCCUCACUCCGCCCCUGUGUGCCUCCUCACCGUGUCUCAUCAGCUCCAUCCAGCGCAACGGGCUGCACGGCAGCAUGCCCUCCUUGCACUUUCCUUCUUAUCCUAUCCUCUCCCCACUCUGCUGCUCACUCUGCUCCUCACUCCGCCCCUGUGUGCCUCCUCGCCGUGUCUCAUCAGCUCCAUCCAGCGCAACGGGCUGCACGGCAGCAUGCCCUCCUUGCACUUUCCUUCUUAUCCUAUCCUCUCCCCACUCUGCUGCUCACUCUGCUCCUCACUCCGCCCCUGUGUGCCUCCUCACCGUGUCUCAUCAGCUCCAUCCAGCGCAACGGGCUGCACGGCAGCAUGCCCUCCUUGCACUUUCCUUCUUAUCCUAUCCUCUCCCCACUCUGCUGCUCACUCUGCUCCUCACUCCGCCCCUGUGUGCCUCCUCGCCGUGUCUCAUCAGCUCCAUCCAGCGCAACGGGCUGCACGGCAGCAUGCCCUCCUUGCACUUUCCUUCUUAUCCUAUCCUCUCCCCACUCUGCUGCUCACUCUGCUCCUCACUCCGCCCCUGUGUGCCUCCUCACCGUGUCUCAUCAGCUCCAUCCAGCGCAACGGGCUGCACGGCAGCAUGCCCUCCUUGCACUUUCCUUCUUAUCCUAUCCUCUCCCCACUCUGCUGCUCACUCUGCUCCUCACUCCGCCCCUGUGUGCCUCCUCACCGUGUCUCAUCAGCUCCAUCCAGCGCAACGGGCUGCACGGCAGCAUGCCCUCCUUGCACUUUCCUUCUUAUCCUAUCCUCUCCCCACUCUGCUGCUCACUCUGCUCCUCACUCCGCCCCUGUGUGCCUCCUCACCGUGUCUCAUCAGCUCCAUCCAGCGCAACGGGCUGCACGGCAGCAUGCCCUCCUUGCACUUUCCUUCUUAUCCUAUCCUCUCCCCACUCUGCUGCUCACUCUGCUCCUCACUCCGCCCCUGUGUGCCUCCUCACCGUGUCGCAUCAGCUCCAUCCAGCGCAACGGGCUGCACGGCAGCAUGCCCUCCUUGCACUUUCCUUCUUAUCCUAUCCUCUCCCCACUCUGCUGCUCACUCUGCUCCUCACUCCGCCCCUGUGUGCCUCCUCACCGUGUCUCAUCAGCUCCAUCCAGCGCAACGGGCUGCACGGCAGCAUGCCCUCCUUGCACUUUCCUUCUUAUCCUAUCCUCUCCCCACUCUGCUGCUCACUCUGCUCCUCACUCCGCCCCUGUGUGCCUCCUCACCGUGUCUCAUCAGCUCCAUCCAGCGCAACGGGCUGCACGGCAGCAUGCCCUCCUUGCACUUUCCUUCUUAUCCUAUCCUCUCCCCACUCUGCUGCUCACUCUGCUCCUCACUCCGCCCCUCUCCAUCCAGCGCAACGGGCUGCACGGCAGCAUGCCCUCCUUGCACUUUCCUUCUUAUCCUAUCCUCUCCCCACUCUGCUGCUCACUCUGCUCCUCACUCCGCCCCUGUGUGCCUCCUCACCGUGUCUCAUCAGCUCCAUCCAGCGCAACGGGCUGCACGGCAGCAUGCCCUCCUUGCACUUUCCUUCUUAUCCUAUCCUCUCCCCACUCUGCUGCUCACUCUGCUCCUCACUCCGCCCCUGUGUGCCUCCUCACCGUGUCUCAUCAGCUCCAUCCAGCGCAACGGGCUGCACGGCAGCAUGCCCUCCUUGCACUUUCCUUCUUAUCCUAUCCUCUCCCCACUCUGCUGCUCACUCUGCUCCUCACUCCGCCCCUGUGUGCCUCCUCACCGUGUCUCAUCAGCUCCAUCCAGCGCAACGGGCUGCACGGCAGCAUGCCCUCCUUGCACUUUCCUUCUUAUCGUAUCCUCUCCCCACUCUGCUGCUCACUCUGCUCCUCACUCCGCCCCUGUGUGCCUCCUCACCGUGUCUCAUCAGCUCCAUCCAGCGCAACGGGCUGCACGGCAGCAUGCCCUCCUUGCACUUUCCUUCUUAUCCUAUCCUCUCCCCACUCUGCUGCUCACUCUGCUCCUCACUCCGCCCCUGUGUGCCUCCUCACCGUGUCUCAUCAGCUCCAUCCAGCGCAACGGGCUGCACGGCAGCAUGCCCUCCUUGCACUUUCCUUCUUAUCCUAUCCUCUCCCCACUCUGCUGCUCACUCUGCUCCUCACUCCGCCCCUGUGUGCCUCCUCACCGUGUCUCAUCAGCUCCAUCCAGCGCAACGGGCUGCACGGCAGCAUGCCCUCCUUGCACUUUCCUUCUUAUCCUAUCCUCUCCCCACUCUGCUGCUCACUCUGCUCCUCACUCCGCCCCUGUGUGCCUCCUCACCGUGUCUCAUCAGCUCCAUCCAGCGCAACGGGCUGCACGGCAGCAUGCCCUCCUUGCACUUUCCUUCUUAUCCUAUCCUCUCCCCACUCUGCUGCUCACUCUGCUCCUCACUCCGCCCCUGUGUGCCUCCUCACCGUGUCUCAUCAGCUCCAUCCAGCGCAACGGGCUGCACGGCAGCAUGCCCUCCUCGCACUUUCCUUCUUAUCCUAUCCUCUCCCCACUCUGCUGCUCACUCUGCUCCUCACUCCGCCCCUGUGUGCCUCCUCACCGUGUCUCAUCAGCUCCAUCCAGCGCAACGGGCUGCACGGCAGCAUGCCCUCCUUGCACUUUCCUUCUUAUCCUAUCCUCUCCCCACUCUGCUGCUCACUCUGCUCCUCACUCCGCCCCUGUGUGCCUCCUCACCGUGUCUCAUCAGCUCCAUCCAGCGCAACGGGCUGCACGGCAGCAUGCCCUCCUUGCACUUUCCUUCUUAUCCUAUCCUCUCCCCACUCUGCUGCUCACUCUGCUCCUCACUCCGCCCCUGUGUGCCUCCUCACCGUGUCUCAUCAGCUCCAUCCAGCGCAACGGGCUGCACGGCAGCAUGCCCUCCUUGCACUUUCCUUCUUAUCCUAUCCUCUCCCCACUCUGCUGCUCACUCUGCUCCUCACUCCGCCCCUGUGUGCCUCCUCACCGUGUCUCAUCAGCUCCAUCCAGCGCAACGGGCUGCACGGCAGCAUGCCCUCCUUGCACUUUCCUUCUUAUCCUAUCCUCUCCCCACUCUGCUGCUCACUCUGCUCCUCACUCCGCCCCUGUGUGCCUCCUCACCGUGUCUCAUCAGCUCCAUCCAGCGCAACGGGCUGCACGGCAGCAUGCCCUCCUUGCACUUUCCUUCUUAUCCUAUCCUCUCCCCACUCUGCUGCUCACUCUGCUCCUCACUCCGCCCCUGUGUGCCUCCUCACCGUGUCUCAUCAGCUCCAUCCAGCGCAACGGGCUGCACGGCAGCAUGCCCUCCUUGCACUUUCCUUCUUAUCCUAUCCUCUCCCCACUCUGCUGCUCACUCUGCUCCUCACUCCGCCCCUGUGUGCCUCCUCACCGUGUCUCAUCAGCUCCAUCCAGCGCAACGGGCUGCACGGCAGCAUGCCCUCCUUGCACUUUCCUUCUUAUCCUAUCCUCUCCCCACUCUGCUGCUCACUCUGCUCCUCACUCCGCCCCUGUGUGCCUCCUCACCGUGUCUCAUCAGCUCCAUCCAGCGCAACGGGCUGCACGGCAGCAUGCCCUCCUUGCACUUUCCUUCUUAUCCUAUCCUCUCCCCACUCUGCUGCUCACUCUGCUCCUCACUCCGCCCCUGUGUGCCUCCUCACCGUGUCGCAUCAGCUCCAUCCAGCGCAACGGGCUGCACGGCAGCAUGCCCUCCUUGCACUUUCCUUCUUAUACUAUCCUCUCCCCACUCUGCUGCUCACUCUGCUCCUCACUCCGCCCCUGUGUGCCUCCUCGCCGUGUCUCAUCAGCUCCAUCCAGCGCAACGGGCUGCACGGCAGCAUGCCCUCCUUGCACUUUCCUUCUUAUCCUAUCCUCUCCCCACUCUGCUGCUCACUCUGCUCCUCACUCCGCCCCUGUGUGCCUCCUCACCGUGUCUCAUCAGCUCCAUCCAGCGCAACGGGCUGCACGGCAGCAUGCCCUCCUUGCACUUUCCUUCUUAUCCUAUCCUCUCCCCACUCUGCUGCUCACUCUGCUCCUCACUCCGCCCCUGUGUGCCUCCUCGCCGUGUCUCAUCAGCUCCAUCCAGCGCAACGGGCUGCACGGCAGCAUGCCCUCCUUGCACUUUCCUUCUUAUCCUAUCCUCUCCCCACUCUGCUGCUCACUCUGCUCCUCACUCCGCCCCUGUGUGCCUCCUCGCCGUGUCUCAUCAGCUCCAUCCAGCGCAACGGGCUGCACGGCAGCAUGCCCUCCUUGCACUUUCCUUCUUAUCCUAUCCUCUCCCCACUCUGCUGCUCACUCUGCUCCUCACUCCGCCCCUGUGUGCCUCCUCACCGUGUCUCAUCAGCUCCAUCCAGCGCAACGGGCUGCACGGCAGCAUGCCCUCCUUGCACUUUCCUUCUUAUCCUAUCCUCUCCCCACUCUGCUGCUCACUCUGCUCCUCACUCCGCCCCUGUGUGCCUCCUCACCGUGUCUCAUCAGCUCCAUCCAGCGCAACGGGCUGCACGGCAGCAUGCCCUCCUUGCACUUUCCUUCUUAUCCUAUCCUCUCCCCACUCUGCUGCUCACUCUGCUCCUCACUCCGCCCCUGUGUGCCUCCUCACCGUGUCUCAUCAGCUCCAUCCAGCGCAACGGGCUGCACGGCAGCAUGCCCUCCUUGCACUUUCCUUCUUAUCCUAUCCUCUCCCCACUCUGCUGCUCACUCUGCUCCUCACUCCGCCCCUGUGUGCCUCCUCACCGUGUCUCAUCAGCUCCAUCCAGCGCAACGGGCUGCACGGCAGCAUGCCCUCCUUGCACUUUCCUUCUUAUCCUAUCCUCUCCCCACUCUGCUGCUCACUCUGCUCCUCACUCCGCCCCUGUGUGCCUCCUCACCGUGUCGCAUCAGCUCCAUCCAGCGCAACGGGCUGCACGGCAGCAUGCCCUCCUUGCACUUUCCUUCUUAUCCUAUCCUCUCCCCACUCUGCUGCUCACUCUGCUCCUCACUCCGCCCCUGUGUGCCUCCUCACCGUGUCUCAUCAGCUCCAUCCAGCGCAACGGGCUGCACGGCAGCAUGCCCUCCUUGCACUUUCCUUCUUAUCCUAUCCUCUCCCCACUCUGCUGCUCACUCUGCUCCUCACUCCGCCCCUGUGUGCCUCCUCACCGUGUCUCAUCAGCUCCAUCCAGCGCAACGGGCUGCACGGCAGCAUGCCCUCCUUGCACUUUCCUUCUUAUCCUAUCCUCUCCCCACUCUGCUGCUCACUCUGCUCCUCACUCCGCCCCUGUGUGCCUCCUCACCGUGUCGCAUCAGCUCCAUCCAGCGCAACGGGCUGCACGGCAGCAUGCCCUCCUUGCACUUUCCUUCUUAUCCUAUCCUCUCCCCACUCUGCUGCUCACUCUGCUCCUCACUCCGCCCCUGUGUGCCUCCUCACCGUGUCGCAUCAGCUCCAUCCAGCGCAACGGGCUGCACGGCAGCAUGCCCUCCUUGCACUUUCCUUCUUAUCCUAUCCUCUCCCCACUCUGCUGCUCACUCUGCUCCUCACUCCGCCCCUGUGUGCCUCCUCACCGUGUCUCAUCAGCUCCAUCCAGCGCAACGGGCUGCACGGCAGCAUGCCCUCCUUGCACUUUCCUUCUUAUCCUAUCCUCUCCCCACUCUGCUGCUCACUCUGCUCCUCACUCCGCCCCUGUGUGCCUCCUCACCGUGUCUCAUCAGCUCCAUCCAGCGCAACGGGCUGCACGGCAGCAUGCCCUCCUUGCACUUUCCUUCUUAUCCUAUCCUCUCCCCACUCUGCUGCUCACUCUGCUCCUCACUCCGCCCCUGUGUGCCUCCUCACCGUGUCUCAUCAGCUCCAUCCAGCGCAACGGGCUGCACGGCAGCAUGCCCUCCUUGCACUUUCCUUCUUAUCCUAUCCUCUCCCCACUCUGCUGCUCACUCUGCUCCUCACUCCGCCCCUGUGUGCCUCCUCACCGUGUCUCAUCAGCUCCAUCCAGCGCAACGGGCUGCACGGCAGCAUGCCCUCCUUGCACUUUCCUUCUUAUCCUAUCCUCUCCCCACUCUGCUGCUCACUCUGCUCCUCACUCCGCCCCUGUGUGCCUCCUCACCGUGUCUCAUCAGCUCCAUCCAGCGCAACGGGCUGCACGGCAGCAUGCCCUCCUUGCACUUUCCUUCUUAUCCUAUCCUCUCCCCACUCUGCUGCUCACUCUGCUCCUCACUCCGCCCCUGUGUGCCUCCUCACCGUGUCUCAUCAGCUCCAUCCAGCGCAACGGGCUGCACGGCAGCAUGCCCUCCUUGCACUUUCCUUCUUAUCCUAUCCUCUCCCCACUCUGCUGCUCACUCUGCUCCUCACUCCGCCCCUGUGUGCCUCCUCACCGUGUCUCAUCAGCUCCAUCCAGCGCAACGGGCUGCACGGCAGCAUGCCCUCCUUGCACUUUCCUUCUUAUCCUAUCCUCUCCCCACUCUGCUGCUCACUCUGCUCCUCACUCCGCCCCUGUGUGCCUCCUCACCGUGUCUCAUCAGCUCCAUCCAGCGCAACGGGCUGCACGGCAGCAUGCCCUCCUUGCACUUUCCUUCUUAUCCUAUCCUCUCCCCACUCUGCUGCUCACUCUGCUCCUCACUCCGCCCCUGUGUGCCUCCUCACCGUGUCGCAUCAGCUCCAUCCAGCGCAACGGGCUGCACGGCAGCAUGCCCUCCUUGCACUUUCCUUCUUAUCCUAUCCUCUCCCCACUCUGCUGCUCACUCUGCUCCUCACUCCGCCCCUGUGUGCCUCCUCACCGUGUCGCAUCAGCUCCAUCCAGCGCAACGGGCUGCACGGCAGCAUGCCCUCCUUGCACUUUCCUUCUUAUCCUAUCCUCUCCCCACUCUGCUGCUCACUCUGCUCCUCACUCCGCCCCUGUGUGCCUCCUCACCGUGUCUCAUCAGCUCCAUCCAGCGCAACGGGCUGCACGGCAGCAUGCCCUCCUUGCACUUUCCUUCUUAUCCUAUCCUCUCCCCACUCUGCUGCUCACUCUGCUCCUCACUCCGCCCCUGUGUGCCUCCUCACCGUGUCUCAUCAGCUCCAUCCAGCGCAACGGGCUGCACGGCAGCAUGCCCUCCUUGCACUUUCCUUCUUAUCCUAUCCUCUCCCCACUCUGCUGCUCACUCUGCUCCUCACUCCGCCCCUGUGUGCCUCCUCGCCGUGUCUCAUCAGCUCCAUCCAGCGCAACGGGCUGCACGGCAGCAUGCCCUCCUUGCACUUUCCUUCUUAUCCUAUCCUCUCCCCACUCUGCUGCUCACUCUGCUCCUCACUCCGCCCCUGUGUGCCUCCUCACCGUGUCUCAUCAGCUCCAUCCAGCGCAACGGGCUGCACGGCAGCAUGCCCUCCUUGCACUUUCCUUCUUAUCCUAUCCUCUCCCCACUCUGCUGCUCACUCUGCUCCUCACUCCGCCCCUGUGUGCCUCCUCACCGUGUCUCAUCAGCUCCAUCCAGCGCAACGGGCUGCACGGCAGCAUGCCCUCCUUGCACUUUCCUUCUUAUCCUAUCCUCUCCCCACUCUGCUGCUCACUCUGCUCCUCACUCCGCCCCUGUGUGCCUCCUCGCCGUGUCUCAUCAGCUCCAUCCAGCGCAACGGGCUGCACGGCAGCAUGCCCUCCUUGCACUUUCCUUCUUAUCCUAUCCUCUCCCCACUCUGCUGCUCACUCUGCUCCUCACUCCGCCCCUGUGUGCCUCCUCACCGUGUCUCAUCAGCUCCAUCCAGCGCAACGGGCUGCACGGCAGCAUGCCCUCCUUGCACUUUCCUUCUUAUCCUAUCCUCUCCCCACUCUGCUGCUCACUCUGCUCCUCACUCCGCCCCUGUGUGCCUCCUCACCGUGUCUCAUCAGCUCCAUCCAGCGCAACGGGCUGCACGGCAGCAUGCCCUCCUUGCACUUUCCUUCUUAUCCUAUCCUCUCCCCACUCUGCUGCUCACUCUGCUCCUCACUCCGCCCCUGUGUGCCUCCUCACCGUGUCUCAUCAGCUCCAUCCAGCGCAACGGGCUGCACGGCAGCAUGCCCUCCUUGCACUUUCCUUCUUAUCCUAUCCUCUCCCCACUCUGCUGCUCACUCUGCUCCUCACUCCGCCCCUGUGUGCCUCCUCACCGUGUCUCAUCAGCUCCAUCCAGCGCAACGGGCUGCACGGCAGCAUGCCCUCCUUGCACUUUCCUUCUUAUCCUAUCCUCUCCCCACUCUGCUGCUCACUCUGCUCCUCACUCCGCCCCUGUGUGCCUCCUCACCGUGUCGCAUCAGCUCCAUCCAGCGCAACGGGCUGCACGGCAGCAUGCCCUCCUUGCACUUUCCUUCUUAUCCUAUCCUCUCCCCACUCUGCUGCUCACUCUGCUCCUCACUCCGCCCCUGUGUGCCUCCUCACCGUGUCUCAUCAGCUCCAUCCAGCGCAACGGGCUGCACGGCAGCAUGCCCUCCUUGCACUUUCCUUCUUAUCCUAUCCUCUCCCCACUCUGCUGCUCACUCUGCUCCUCACUCCGCCCCUGUGUGCCUCCUCACCGUGUCUCAUCAGCUCCAUCCAGCGCAACGGGCUGCACGGCAGCAUGCCCUCCUUGCACUUUCCUUCUUAUCCUAUCCUCUCCCCACUCUGCUGCUCACUCUGCUCCUCACUCCGCCCCUGUGUGCCUCCUCACCGUGUCGCAUCAGCUCCAUCCAGCGCAACGGGCUGCACGGCAGCAUGCCCUCCUUGCACUUUCCUUCUUAUCCUAUCCUCUCCCCACUCUGCUGCUCACUCUGCUCCUCACUCCGCCCCUGUGUGCCUCCUCACCGUGUCGCAUCAGCUCCAUCCAGCGCAACGGGCUGCACGGCAGCAUGCCCUCCUUGCACUUUCCUUCUUAUCCUAUCCUCUCCCCACUCUGCUGCUCACUCUGCUCCUCACUCCGCCCCUGUGUGCCUCCUCACCGUGUCUCAUCAGCUCCAUCCAGCGCAACGGGCUGCACGGCAGCAUGCCCUCCUUGCACUUUCCUUCUUAUCCUAUCCUCUCCCCACUCUGCUGCUCACUCUGCUCCUCACUCCGCCCCUGUGUGCCUCCUCACCGUGUCUCAUCAGCUCCAUCCAGCGCAACGGGCUGCACGGCAGCAUGCCCUCCUUGCACUUUCCUUCUUAUCCUAUCCUCUCCCCACUCUGCUGCUCACUCUGCUCCUCACUCCGCCCCUGUGUGCCUCCUCACCGUGUCUCAUCAGCUCCAUCCAGCGCAACGGGCUGCACGGCAGCAUGCCCUCCUUGCACUUUCCUUCUUAUCCUAUCCUCUCCCCACUCUGCUGCUCACUCUGCUCCUCACUCCGCCCCUGUGUGCCUCCUCACCGUGUCGCAUCAGCUCCAUCCAGCGCAACGGGCUGCACGGCAGCAUGCCCUCCUUGCACUUUCCUUCUUAUCCUAUCCUCUCCCCACUCUGCUGCUCACUCUGCUCCUCACUCCGCCCCUGUGUGCCUCCUCACCGUGUCUCAUCAGCUCCAUCCAGCGCAACGGGCUGCACGGCAGCAUGCCCUCCUUGCACUUUCCUUCUUAUCCUAUCCUCUCCCCACUCUGCUGCUCACUCUGCUCCUCACUCCGCCCCUGUGUGCCUCCUCACCGUGUCUCAUCAGCUCCAUCCAGCGCAACGGGCUGCACGGCAGCAUGCCCUCCUUGCACUUUCCUUCUUAUCCUAUCCUCUCCCCACUCUGCUGCUCACUCUGCUCCUCACUCCGCCCCUGUGUGCCUCCUCACCGUGUCGCAUCAGCUCCAUCCAGCGCAACGGGCUGCACGGCAGCAUGCCCUCCUUGCACUUUCCUUCUUAUCCUAUCCUCUCCCCACUCUGCUGCUCACUCUGCUCCUCACUCCGCCCCUGUGUGCCUCCUCACCGUGUCGCAUCAGCUCCAUCCAGCGCAACGGGCUGCACGGCAGCAUGCCCUCCUUGCACUUUCCUUCUUAUCCUAUCCUCUCCCCACUCUGCUGCUCACUCUGCUCCUCACUCCGCCCCUGUGUGCCUCCUCACCGUGUCUCAUCAGCUCCAUCCAGCGCAACGGGCUGCACGGCAGCAUGCCCUCCUUGCACUUUCCUUCUUAUCCUAUCCUCUCCCCACUCUGCUGCUCACUCUGCUCCUCACUCCGCCCCUGUGUGCCUCCUCACCGUGUCUCAUCAGCUCCAUCCAGCGCAACGGGCUGCACGGCAGCAUGCCCUCCUUGCACUUUCCUUCUUAUCCUAUCCUCUCCCCACUCUGCUGCUCACUCUGCUCCUCACUCCGCCCCUGUGUGCCUCCUCACCGUGUCUCAUCAGCUCCAUCCAGCGCAACGGGCUGCACGGCAGCAUGCCCUCCUUGCACUUUCCUUCUUAUCCUAUCCUCUCCCCACUCUGCUGCUCACUCUGCUCCUCACUCCGCCCCUGUGUGCCUCCUCACCGUGUCGCAUCAGCUCCAUCCAGCGCAACGGGCUGCACGGCAGCAUGCCCUCCUUGCACUUUCCUUCUUAUCCUAUCCUCUCCCCACUCUGCUGCUCACUCUGCUCCUCACUCCGCCCCUGUGUGCCUCCUCACCGUGUCUCAUCAGCUCCAUCCAGCGCAACGGGCUGCACGGCAGCAUGCCCUCCUUGCACUUUCCUUCUUAUCCUAUCCUCUCCCCACUCUGCUGCUCACUCUGCUCCUCACUCCGCCCCUGUGUGCCUCCUCACCGUGUCUCAUCAGCUCCAUCCAGCGCAACGGGCUGCACGGCAGCAUGCCCUCCUUGCACUUUCCUUCUUAUCCUAUCCUCUCCCCACUCUGCUGCUCACUCUGCUCCUCACUCCGCCCCUGUGUGCCUCCUCACCGUGUCUCAUCAGCUCCAUCCAGCGCAACGGGCUGCACGGCAGCAUGCCCUCCUUGCACUUUCCUUCUUAUCCUAUCCUCUCCCCACUCUGCUGCUCACUCUGCUCCUCACUCCGCCCCUGUGUGCCUCCUCACCGUGUCUCAUCAGCUCCAUCCAGCGCAACGGGCUGCACGGCAGCAUGCCCUCCUUGCACUUUCCUUCUUAUCCUAUCCUCUCCCCACUCUGCUGCUCACUCUGCUCCUCACUCCGCCCCUGUGUGCCUCCUCACCGUGUCUCAUCAGCUCCAUCCAGCGCAACGGGCUGCACGGCAGCAUGCCCUCCUUGCACUUUCCUUCUUAUCCUAUCCUCUCCCCACUCUGCUGCUCACUCUGCUCCUCACUCCGCCCCUGUGUGCCUCCUCACCGUGUCUCAUCAGCUCCAUCCAGCGCAACGGGCUGCACGGCAGCAUGCCCUCCUUGCACUUUCCUUCUUAUCCUAUCCUCUCCCCACUCUGCUGCUCACUCUGCUCCUCACUCCGCCCCUGUGUGCCUCCUCACCGUGUCUCAUCAGCUCCAUCCAGCGCAACGGGCUGCACGGCAGCAUGCCCUCCUUGCACUUUCCUUCUUAUCCUAUCCUCUCCCCACUCUGCUGCUCACUCUGCUCCUCACUCCGCCCCUGUGUGCCUCCUCACCGUGUCUCAUCAGCUCCAUCCAGCGCAACGGGCUGCACGGCAGCAUGCCCUCCUUGCACUUUCCUUCUUAUCCUAUCCUCUCCCCACUCUGCUGCUCACUCUGCUCCUCACUCCGCCCCUGUGUGCCUCCUCACCGUGUCGCAUCAGCUCCAUCCAGCGCAACGGGCUGCACGGCAGCAUGCCCUCCUUGCACUUUCCUUCUUAUACUAUCCUCUCCCCACUCUGCUGCUCACUCUGCUCCUCACUCCGCCCCUGUGUGCCUCCUCGCCGUGUCUCAUCAGCUCCAUCCAGCGCAACGGGCUGCACGGCAGCAUGCCCUCCUUGCACUUUCCUUCUUAUCCUAUCCUCUCCCCACUCUGCUGCUCACUCUGCUCCUCACUCCGCCCCUGUGUGCCUCCUCACCGUGUCUCAUCAGCUCCAUCCAGCGCAACGGGCUGCACGGCAGCAUGCCCUCCUUGCACUUUCCUUCUUAUCCUAUCCUCUCCCCACUCUGCUGCUCACUCUGCUCCUCACUCCGCCCCUGUGUGCCUCCUCGCCGUGUCUCAUCAGCUCCAUCCAGCGCAACGGGCUGCACGGCAGCAUGCCCUCCUUGCACUUUCCUUCUUAUCCUAUCCUCUCCCCACUCUGCUGCUCACUCUGCUCCUCACUCCGCCCCUGUGUGCCUCCUCGCCGUGUCUCAUCAGCUCCAUCCAGCGCAACGGGCUGCACGGCAGCAUGCCCUCCUUGCACUUUCCUUCUUAUCCUAUCCUCUCCCCACUCUGCUGCUCACUCUGCUCCUCACUCCGCCCCUGUGUGCCUCCUCACCGUGUCUCAUCAGCUCCAUCCAGCGCAACGGGCUGCACGGCAGCAUGCCCUCCUUGCACUUUCCUUCUUAUCCUAUCCUCUCCCCACUCUGCUGCUCACUCUGCUCCUCACUCCGCCCCUGUGUGCCUCCUCACCGUGUCUCAUCAGCUCCAUCCAGCGCAACGGGCUGCACGGCAGCAUGCCCUCCUUGCACUUUCCUUCUUAUCCUAUCCUCUCCCCACUCUGCUGCUCACUCUGCUCCUCACUCCGCCCCUGUGUGCCUCCUCACCGUGUCUCAUCAGCUCCAUCCAGCGCAACGGGCUGCACGGCAGCAUGCCCUCCUUGCACUUUCCUUCUCAUCCUAUCCUCUCCCCACUCUGCUGCUCACUCUGCUCCUCACUCCGCCCCUGUGUGCCUCCUCGCCGUGUCUCAUCAGCUCCAUCCAGCGCAACGGGCUGCACGGCAGCAUGCCCUCCUUGCACUUUCCUUCUUAUCCUAUCCUCUCCCCACUCUGCUGCUCACUCUGCUCCUCACUCCGCCCCUGUGUGCCUCCUCGCCGUGUCUCAUCAGCUCCAUCCAGCGCAACGGGCUGCACGGCAGCAUGCCCUCCUUGCACUUUCCUUCUUAUCCUAUCCUCUCCCCACUCUGCUGCUCACUCUGCUCCUCACUCCGCCCCUGUGUGCCUCCUCGCCGUGUCUCAUCAGCUCCAUCCAGCGCAACGGGCUGCACGGCAGCAUGCCCUCCUUGCACUUUCCUUCUUAUCCUAUCCUCUCCCCACUCUGCUGCUCACUCUGCUCCUCACUCCGCCCUUGUGUGCCUCCUCACCGUGUCUCAUCAGCUCCAUCCAGCGCAACGGGCUGCACGGCAGCAUGCCCUCCUUGCACUUUCCUUCUUAUCCUAUCCUCUCCCCACUCUGCUGCUCACUCUGCUCCUCACUCCGCCCCUGUGUGCCUCCUCACCGUGUCUCAUCAGCUCCAUCCAGCGCAACGGGCUGCACGGCAGCAUGCCCUCCUUGCACUUUCCUUCUUAUCCUAUCCUCUCCCCACUCUGCUGCUCACUCUGCUCCUCACUCCGCCCCUGUGUGCCUCCUCACCGUGUCUCAUCAGCUCCAUCCAGCGCAACGGGCUGCACGGCAGCAUGCCCUCCUUGCACUUUCCUUCUUAUCCUAUCCUCUCCCCACUCUGCUGCUCACUCUGCUCCUCACUCCGCCCCUGUGUGCCUCGUCGCCGUGUCUCAUCAGCUCCAUCCAGCGCAACGGGCUGCACGGCAGCAUGCCCUCCUUGCACUUUCCUUCUUAUCCUAUCCUCUCCCCACUCUGCUGCUCACUCUGCUCCUCACUCCGCCCCUGUGUGCCUCCUCGCCGUGUCUCAUCAGCUCCAUCCAGCGCAACGGGCUGCACGGCAGCAUGCCCUCCUUGCACUUUCCUUCUUAUCCUAUCCUCUCCCCACUCUGCUGCUCACUCUGCUCCUCACUCCGCCCCUGUGUGCCUCCUCGCCGUGUCUCAUCAGCUCCAUCCAGCGCAACGGGCUGCACGGCAGCAUGCCCUCCUUGCACUUUCCUUCUUAUCCUAUCCUCUCCCCACUCUGCUGCUCACUCUGCUCCUCACUCCGCCCCUGUGUGCCUCCUCGCCGUGUCUCAUCAGCUCCAUCCAGCGCAACGGGCUGCACGGCAGCAUGCCCUCCUUGCACUUUCCUUCUUAUCCUAUCCUCUCCCCACUCUGCUGCUCACUCUGCUCCUCACUCCGCCCCUGUGUGCCUCCUCGCCGUGUCUCAUCAGCUCCAUCCAGCGCAACGGGCUGCACGGCAGCAUGCCCUCCUUGCACUUUCCUUCUUAUCCUAUCCUCUCCCCACUCUGCUGCUCACUCUGCUCCUCACUCCGCCCCUGUGUGCCUCCUCGCCGUGUCUCAUCAGCUCCAUCCAGCGCAACGGGCUGCACGGCAGCAUGCCCUCCUUGCACUUUCCUUCUUAUCCUAUCCUCUCCCCACUCUGCUGCUCACUCUGCUCCUCACUCCGCCCCUGUGUGCCUCCUCACCGUGUCUCAUCAGCUCCAUCCAGCGCAACGGGCUGCACGGCAGCAUGCCCUCCUUGCACUUUCCUUCUUAUCCUAUCCUCUCCCCACUCUGCUGCUCACUCUGCUCCUCACUCCGCCCCUGUGUGCCUCCUCACCGUGUCUCAUCAGCUCCAUCCAGCGCAACGGGCUGCACGGCAGCAUGCCCUCCUUGCACUUUCCUUCUUAUCCUAUCCUCUCCCCACUCUGCUGCUCACUCUGCUCCUCACUCCGCCCCUGUGUGCCUCCUCACCGUGUCUCAUCAGCUCCAUCCAGCGCAACGGGCUGCACGGCAGCAUGCCCUCCUUGCACUUUCCUUCUUAUCCUAUCCUCUCCCCACUCUGCUGCUCACUCUGCUCCUCACUCCGCCCCUGUGUGCCUCCUCACCGUGUCUCAUCAGCUCCAUCCAGCGCAACGGGCUGCACGGCAGCAUGCCCUCCUUGCACUUUCCUUCUUAUCCUAUCCUCUCCCCACUCUGCUGCUCACUCUGCUCCUCACUCCGCCCCUGUGUGCCUCCUCACCGUGUCUCAUCAGCUCCAUCCAGCGCAACGGGCUGCACGGCAGCAUGCCCUCCUUGCACUUUCCUUCUUAUCCUAUCCUCUCCCCACUCUGCUGCUCACUCUGCUCCUCACUCCGCCCCUGUGUGCCUCCUCACCGUGUCUCAUCAGCUCCAUCCAGCGCAACGGGCUGCACGGCAGCAUGCCCUCCUUGCACUUUCCUUCUUAUCCUAUCCUCUCCCCACUCUGCUGCUCACUCUGCUCCUCACUCCGCCCCUGUGUGCCUCCUCACCGUGUCUCAUCAGCUCCAUCCAGCGCAACGGGCUGCACGGCAGCAUGCCCUCCUUGCACUUUCCUUCUUAUCCUAUCCUCUCCCCACUCUGCUGCUCACUCUGCUCCUCACUCCGCCCCUGUGUGCCUCCUCGCCGUGUCUCAUCAGCUCCAUCCAGCGCAACGGGCUGCACGGCAGCAUGCCCUCCUUGCACUUUCCUUCUUAUCCUAUCCUCUCCCCACUCUGCUGCUCACUCUGCUCCUCACUCCGCCCCUGUGUGCCUCCUCGCCGUGUCUCAUCAGCUCCAUCCAGCGCAACGGGCUGCACGGCAGCAUGCCCUCCUUGCACUUUCCUUCUUAUCCUAUCCUCUCCCCACUCUGCUGCUCACUCUGCUCCUCACUCCGCCCCUGUGUGCCUCCUCGCCGUGUCUCAUCAGCUCCAUCCAGCGCAACGGGCUGCACGGCAGCAUGCCCUCCUUGCACUUACCUUCUUAUCCUAUCCUCUCCCCACUCUGCUGCUCACUCUGCUCCUCACUCCGCCCCUGUGUGCCUCCUCACCGUGUCUCAUCAGCUCCAUCCAGCGCAACGGGCUGCACGGCAGCAUGCCCUCCUUGCACUUUCCUUCUUAUCCUAUCCUCUCCCCACUCUGCUGCUCACUCUGCUCCUCACUCCGCCCCUGUGUGCCUCCUCACCGUGUCUCAUCAGCUCCAUCCAGCGCAACGGGCUGCACGGCAGCAUGCCCUCCUUGCACUUUCCUUCUUAUCCUAUCCUCUCCCCACUCUGCUGCUCACUCUGCUCCUCACUCCGCCCCUGUGUGCCUCCUCACCGUGUCUCAUCAGCUCCAUCCAGCGCAACGGGCUGCACGGCAGCAUGCCCUCCUUGCACUUUCCUUCUUAUCCUAUCCUCUCCCCACUCUGCUGCUCACUCUGCUCCUCACUCCGCCCCUGUGUGCCUCCUCACCGUGUCUCAUCAGCUCCAUCCAGCGCAACGGGCUGCACGGCAGCAUGCCCUCCUUGCACUUUCCUUCUUAUCCUAUCCUCUCCCCACUCUGCUGCUCACUCUGCUCCUCACUCCGCCCCUGAGCCUCUCCAACAACCUGCUUCAGGGCUGCAUACCACCGUCAGUGCUCUUUCAACUUCCACUGCAAGCCGCCUCUUAGACCGCACUGUUCCCACCCUCUCUGUUCCCACCCUCGCUGAUCCCACCCUCUCUGAUCCCACCUUCUCUGAUCCGACCCCCUCUCAUUCCUAUUGA